GAGUUGUCUGACUAGGUAUUCGACGGAAUAUUUUCACCAAUCGCGGUAAGUCGCUUCUAGCUGUUCAUACAGAUAUGCUGUGUGAAAGGUUGCCAGCCAAUUAUAUGAUGCCUUCAAGUGAUGUAUGCCGCAUAUACUUUCCUCUUGUACCGAUAACAGCUGAGGACCAGCUGGCGAGAGUUGAAUAGGGGCCAAAUCGAACCUCAAUGGAACGUCGAGGUGCCCAACGAGGCUCUGCUUACGUCAAUCUUCUUUCUUCCAAUUUUUCGACAUCAAUAUACGAUCGCGAUGAAAUACGACCACGAUGUAUUUGCUAGACGUCAGAACAAUCCAGUUGCGCGAGUUUCAAGGCAGCGCUAUCCCUAAACGCAAGUAUGCAAUCCUUUCACACACCUGGGGCGAAGACGAGGUGAGCUUUCAGGACCUACAAGCCGGAACGGGUCGCAACAAAGAGGGAUACCAGAAGAUUGUUUUCACCUGCGAACAGGCGAAACGUCAUGGCUAUAAGUGGGCUUGGGUAGAUACUUGCUGCAUCGAUAAAUCAAGCAGUGCUGAACUCAGCGAGUCCAUCAACUCAAUGUUCCUAUGGUAUAAAGAGUCUGCUAUAUGUUACGCUUAUCUCGUGGACGUCGAACAGUCUCAGUUUCCAUACGCACGCUCAAAUGGACAUGGAGAGCCACAAGUCUCUAGAUGGUUCACUAGGGCUUGGACGUUGCAGGAGUUGAUUGCACCACGAGUACUCUGUUUCUACUCUCGUGGAUGGAAAGAGAUAGGCCACUGUGGGGAACGAAUAGCACAAAUUGUCUCCGAUGCUACUGGAAUUCCAAAGCCCUUGAUAGAAAGCCACAAGUCCUUAUCCGAAUAUAGUGCCGCCCAAAAGAUGUCUUGGGCAGCCCAUAGAUCAAGUACCCGCCCAGAAGAUGUAGCAUACUCUCUUCUAGGAUUAUUUGACAUCAACAUGCCGCUUUUAUACGGCGAGGGCGAAAGAGCUUUCAUUCGCUUACAGGAAGAGAUUCUGAAAGAGACAGAUGAUCACUCGUUGUUGUGUUGGACGGUCCCGAAGUCUAGUCCUAGAGCGUGGACACUUCAAAGCGUGUUUGCCACGUCACCUGACGACUUCACAGAAUCAGGACGGAUCAGGGGGAAUCUUUUCGAUUCUGGACAUCCGUCCGCAGUCACCAAUAGAGGACUCCAAAUUCAUCUUUCGCUCUCUGAACGAAUCUACGGCGAAGGUUCUCACCUAUUCCAUGAGAACGCUGCCUGUUCUGUCUUUGAUGCGAUGCUCAAUGCAGGCGAGUGUGAACCGGGCCAUGGCACUGUCCUCUAUCAGAUAUCAAUACAGCUAGUUAGAACACCGCAGAUUUCCAGUCGUCACCUACAAUCAGUCAAUAGGUACGCAAGAUUGGCUACACCUUCGUUUAAACGUAUCGGUAUAGAUGCGCUGGGAAUCAACUCGGCGAAGACUAAGAAAGUCCAGACUGGAUUAAUAUAUGUCCACAAAAAUCUCCUUGAUUGGGAACGGCAUCGGUUUGGGUUUGGAGGUUUCCAUUUGCAAAACAUCCCUAUCGCGAGGAGUCUUUGUCCGUUGUCUACUCCAAAAGUAGACUCGAAUUUGGAUAAUUUAUGUAUCAAGGCGAUAGACUAUUCUGGACUGAUAGAAUUACUUGAAGAUGUCACUGUUGCAGGUAUUCCUCCCAAUGUGGGUGCGGGGAUGACGUGGUCUCCUAUCUACGGGUGUAUCACGUUCGAUUGCGAACCUCAUCGAAUCUCUGAAUGGCCAUUUCUCUAUGUAAUCUUUGGAGUAGAAUGUUCUUCUGCUAGGGAGAUGCCGUUCAGCGUUUUACUCGUCUGGAACACAAAUUACGUACACUUCAGCCUACGGCCAACCGAGGUGCAGAAGUCAAAAUAUGCAACAUUCGAAAAAUAUUGUUUCGAGAAAUCGCAACUCUGGACUACACUAGAAACCAUGCCACCUGACGAUUUCACGCACAAAGUAGAUUUCUGGGCGACGUACGGCGAGAUAGCUAGGACGCGAGCAGUCGUGGGGAAGCUGGAUAUUGAGUUGAUCUUGGAACGGGAAGAUCCCAACACCGACGAUGGAAAGGCGGCAGGUAACCGAUCGCACUUCCUGAUACGAGCUAUCAAUCAUAGUUAUGACCCCAUUACGGGCCAUAGCUCUGACGACGGAUCAAAAUGGAUAGGGCAGAUAGAAGCCACAGAUACCACUCCCGGUCAUUCCACAGAUGUUAUGUCGAUAGAACGUACGAUAUAAAACAUGUCACGCUU